AUGUUUUUUUUUAUGGGUUCAAUUUGCUUGCAAGAAUCAUUAUUUCCCACUUUUCCUCCAAUUGACUUGCAUCAUGUACAUCGAAUUAAGAAGGGAGCAUUUUCACCUUUUCUUUCGCAUCAAGCACCAAAGAUCAUAACUUCAGGAUUCUAGAUUUGCAAUAUCCAGUCCAUGGUUUUUCUGUGCCCUCGAAAGAUUUUCUCCUACUUCUCAUCAAGAACUCUUGUUCAUCUUGACCAUUGCACUAUUCAUUAUGCAGUCUUAAUCAAAUACUUAAGUUGAUUUCAUUAAACAAGUGCAUUUCCUAUUUUACUUAACUCACUCAUCCUCCUUAUUAAAACUGCAUCAUUAUCCUUAAUGAUUAAAUAAUAAAUAUAGAUAAAAAUUUGGAGGGAUGCAAGUUAGAAAGAACACAAUCAUGAUCAAUGCACAAGGGCAUGAAAUGUAAUAAAUUCAGGUGGGGUGGAAGUUUAAUCCCUUGACUAGAAUCUUCUCCACAGCCAACAUUCUCCACAAUUUAGUCAAUUGGGAAAUGAAAUUUUGAUUGAAUAAAUUACACUAAAUGAAGGAAAAACUAGAAGAAAAUUUAGACGACAAUAAGCAAAAAUAAUAGGGUUGCCUCUUUAGCAGCACUAAGUAUAAAAUCAUUAGCUAGACAAUAGUGUAGUUCAUUAUAUGUUUUACAAAUUAAUUUAUCUACCUCUACUUUAUCAUUCUGCUCAAGAUAUGCUUUAAUUCUCUCCCCAUUCACUUUAAAAUAGUGGUUAUAUCCUUGAUCUCUAAGUGUGGCUGAUAACAUGAUAUUUAUGUUGAUUAUUCCCUACAUUUCAUGUGAUUUUUGUUCAUUUAAAUGUUGAAAAUAUCAUGUUAAAUAUCAUUUAACACAAUUGUUUAAAUAUUCUUGGAUAUGCAUUAAUAUCACUCAAAUUUUAUUGAAUGUUUAAAAUAAGUUUUUAGAUUUUAA